GUAUCUCAUUUCUCGAUUCUCGUUCUGCGUUUGUACAGUCGAGUGAACAAGCACAAGCCGUGUUGGGGACGCUUCUAUUUCAUCCCUCAUCUUCAUUUAAGCUGCAAUAAUUCGAAGGAACAUUGAAAUUCUUCGAUUUAUACAAUAGUUUUUUUUUUUUACUCUUUUUGUUAUAAAAGUCGUCAAAUCAACGUCAAGGGUAAAAAAUACUACGGGAAAUUGGGCAACGAGGGAAUACCGGUAAAAAUUUUUCACUGUCGAAUUGAUUAUAUAUACACUCACAUACAUAGGAUAUACAGCUAUAGUCACGACACACGUACUUGCCCAUGCAUAUACACACACAGAAGCUUUGCACACAUACAUAUAUAUAGUAAAGUAGCGAGUUUCCUGCGUGUCGGGUGUCCACGCGCAGUUCUCGUAGUGCCAAACGAGUUUUCCGUCUGCGGAAAACGGCUCAUCACGCAUCUACUUUUUCUCACACGGAUAACGCAAAAUGUCUGAAUCGGAUUUACUUGCUGCUGAUCAGAUAGACGGUCUCGACGGCUUGGAGAAUGGUCAGGACGGUGAUUCGAUAAUGCAGUCUGACGACGUCAAGCGAGAAUUCAACGAGGCCAAUAUUGACGAUCCGGAACUCGAGGCGAUCAAAGCAAGAGUACGUGAGAUGGAAGAAGAAGCUGAAAAGCUCAAACAACUACAGUCAGAAGUCGACAAACAGAUGAAUAUGGGUAGUCCCCCAGGAAUUACAAGUCCCUUGAAUAUGUCAAUCGAGGACAAAAUGGAAGUUGACAACCGGUCUAUCUACGUGGGAAACGUGGACUACGGAGCAACAGCCGAAGAACUCGAACAGCACUUUCACGGUUGUGGCAGCGUCAAUAGAGUGACGAUACUAUGCAACAAAUUCGACGGACAUCCGAAGGGUUUCGCUUACAUUGAGUUUGCCGAGCGCGAUUCCGUUCAAACCGCAAUGGCGAUGGACGAGUCGAUGUUUCGCGGCCGACAGAUCAAAGUCAUGCUCAAGAGAACCAAUAGGCCUGGGAUGUCAAUGACGAACAGAGGUCCCAGAGGAACACGCGGUUAUCGUGGUGUCGCACGUGGAAUAAGCCGUGGAAGUGCGUACUUUGGUUACAGACCGAUGAGGCGACCCAGGAGCUACAGACGAGGCUACUAUAUGCCAUACUGACGACUCUAGCCCACUCGAUGAAUUCAACGAUUAAGCCCCUCGCCGUCACACUCAAG